ACAACAAAGAAAAUGUGAAAAAGUUUGGGAGCACUUCUACUGGGAAAAUAACAUUUCAUGACUGGACUCAGCACUUCUAUGGAAUGCCUAAUUCGAUUAAAGGAAAAGAGACGUGCACAGUGCAUGGACGGAGCGAGAGGAAAGACACGCCGGAAAAAGAAACAACUAAUGCACAAAUUUCACAAUGA